AUGCCCCGUUCAGAUGAAGCACAGGCCUUCUUCCACGCCGUAUACUCAGCUGUCCAAGAGAUCCCCCACGGCAAAGUCACAACAUACGGCCACAUCGCCAUGCUCGUUGGAACCCAUCUCAACCUGGAGGCUCUCGCUCACAAGCUGAUGCCCUCCAAGCAGAAGGCGUACAAGUCGAGACAAACGCAAUGGGCGAACACUCAGUUGACUUCUCCCAAUACGGCUGGUUCCCAGACCUACUCCCCUCAGAAGAAAACGAUCAAGGCGAAUGAAUGA